AAAUGAGAUAAAAUGAUAAACAUCCUGUCAAAUCAAAAAUUCCAGUUGCCAAAGGCAAACAUGCUUUUGAAUGCGGAGGUUGUAGUAUUUUCUCAAUUAUUAGGCCAAACAUUUGUUGUGGAUGAGAAAUAUGAAUUCAUUAAGCAAAUAGGGCAAGGCGCUUAUGGGGUAGUAUGCUCUGCUAAAAACAAAAAGAAUGGAUAGAUGGUUGCAGUUAAGAAAGUAUGUGAAGUAUUUAGUUAAGAUUCCAAAUGCAUUUGAAGAUCUGGUGGAUGCUAAAAGAAUAGUGAGAGAGAUUAAAUUGCUAAGUAAUUCAAAUUGCUAUUUAUAGAGUUUUUUGAUCAUGAGAACAUUAUUGCUUUAGUGGAUUUACCUAGACCGGAAUCAAAAACAGGAUUCAAUGAUAUUUAUAUAAUUACAGACUUAAUGGGCACAGAUUUGCAUAAAGUCAUUUAUUCAUCAUAAGCUUUGACAGAUGAACAUAUCUAAUAUUUUGCUUAUUAAAUGUUAAGGGGGCUACUUUACAUACAUACAGCAAAUGUUAUACAUAGAGAUUUGAAGCCUAGCAACAUCCUUUUGAAUAAGGAUUGCGACUUAAAAAUAUGUGAUUUAGGAUUAGCCAGAGGAUAUGAAUCUGAGGAAGAAUUUAAAACUGAAUAUGUUAUUACAAGAUGGUACAGGGCACCAGAAGUUAUUUUGAAUGCAUCCGAAUAUACAAAGGCAGUUGAUAUUUAUGCUGCAGGAUGUAUUAUAGCAGAGCUUCUAGGUCGUACUCCAUUAUUUCCAGGUAAUUAUUAAACUGAUAAUCUAAGGUGAGGACUAUUUAGAUUAAGUGUAGAGGAUUAUUUCUGUUUUAGGGACACCAACUCCUGAUGAUAUGAAGUACAUAGGAAACCCGAAUGCGAUAAAUUACAUUAAAAGUUUGCCUAAAAGAACUAAACAGUCCUUCACUCAACUCUAUCCUAAAUCUAAUCCAAAAGUGUGUGAAUUAUUAACUAAAAUGAUAACAUUUAAUCCAGAUAAAAGAUACACUGUCGAAUAAUGUUUGGAACAUGAUUAUUUUGAUGGAUUACAUAAUCCAGAAGCUGAACCAAGAUGCGACAAGGUAUUUGAUUGGAGUUGGGAUAACUUUGAAUUAAAAAGAGAAACUUUAUAAAGAAUGGUUUACGAAGAAUCUUUAUAAUUUAAUCCUGUGAAAAUGUGA